AUGUCAGCGAAAUGGCCCGGUUACACGCUGACGGGUGGUAACCCUAUGUAUCCGGUGCUGCGCGUGUGGAACACGAGUAACUUCAUGUCGCUGAACGUGAACUAUCGCCUGCCGGUGACGGAGAGCAGCCCCGAGUGCACCAUCGUGCCAGAGCCGGGCAAAGGCGUGUCCUGCCCCGCCAUCUCCAUCCAUCGGUCCUUCGGCGUGCAGAUUGGCAAGGGCAACAUCUUUGGGCGAGUGGACGUGCUACGCAGCAUGGACGUGCGCCUGGACUCACUCUCGGUCACCGGAGUGGCUUCCUUUAUCAAGUCGCCUGGGGUGAUCCGAGUGGCCCUGUGUGGGUACGGGCCGGGACUUCUCAAAUCCAACAUUGUCAUCUCCAACAAUGAGGUGUACGGGGUGAACACUCCGAUCCUCUUGCACAGGGGAGCAGUUGGUGUAACCGUCAGGAACAACUACGUGCACGCCUUCAUAUUCGCUGGAAUCAAGUGCGGUGCCGACGUGCAUUACAGCUUUGCGUGCAUGCUCAGUCGCAUCAACUCCAACCUUGUGGUUUCCUCUGGGAGGAACCUCAACGGGGAUCACGACUCGGCUGGGAUCUACUUCUACACGCACUGGUUCAGCCCGGGCAACUCGGCGCUGUGCAACUACGUGUUCAACGGCGAUCACUGCUAUUAUUUGGACCAUUGCUCGUCGGGCGUGCUUGUCAGGGGAGGCGCGUGCGUGAAUACGUAUGACGACAUGAAAGUGAAUAACGGCAAGCGGAACGUGAUAAAGAACGUGGCGAUGAAAGGCACGCGGGGAUCGCUGGGGUGGACGUCGUGCUUCACAGUGACCGUCAACAACUGCCUCAAAGACCCCGGCAACUACUGGGAGGCCAUGCGCGUGAAAUACUACAACAGCGCCCGCAUCAACCACGUGAGUGAGAGCAGAGCAGGAAGUGAGCAAAGAGCACAUGCCAUAGCUUCGCAUCCAACAUCUAAUGUAUUCUUUUCCUUACCUCCCCCUUCGUCUCCCUUCUCUCCUCUCCUCUCUCCCCUCCCUCUCUCCCAUCUCUCCCAUCUCCUCUCUCUUUUCCCCCCCUCGUUAUUGUCACAUCCAGCUAUGGCCUUGGAUGAAGGACAUCUGCAAGGAAACAUCGGCCAAUGGCGGCGUGUCAUGUAA